AUGGCCUCCACUCCCGCCACAAAGGAAUCCCAGCCAUCGGUGGAUUUCCUUCACCACCCGUAUACCCGGGCCGCUCUUCCCUUCAUCAACGGUGGUCUGGCCGGUAUGACCGCCACCACCGUCGUCCAGCCCAUUGAUAUGAUCAAGGUGCGCCUGCAACUCGCCGGUGAGGGUGUGCGCACCGGUCCCAAGCCCUCGGCCUUUGGCGUCGCGCGCGACAUUAUCGCCACCGGAAAGGUUCUCGAUCUCUACACCGGUCUGUCCGCCGGUCUCCUGCGUCAGGCUGUCUACACCACCGCCCGUCUGGGUUUCUUCGACACCUUCAUAAAGUCUCUCAACAAGAACGCGGAAUCUGCGAACCGCAAGGUCACCUUUGCGGAGCGUGCCGGCGCCGGUCUGGCCGCCGGUGGUAUCGCCGCCAUGAUAGGCAACCCGGCCGACUUGGCCCUCAUCCGGAUGCAGUCCGACGGUCUCAAGCCCCCCGAGGCGCGCGCCAACUACCGUUCCGUGAUUGACGCGCUGGGUCGCAUCUCGAAGAGCGAAGGUGUUGCCGCCCUGUGGGCGGGUGCUCUCCCGACCGUCGUCCGUGCCAUGGCCCUCAACGUCGGACAGCUUACCUUCUUCGCCGAAUCCAAGGCCCAGCUCAAGGCGCACACCAGCCUGUCUCCCCAGAACCAGACCUUCGCCGCGUCCGCGAUCGCAGGUUUCUUCGCCAGUUUCCUGUCGCUGCCAUUCGAUUUCAUCAAGACACGUCUCCAGAAGCAGCAGAAGGACCCCAAGACGGGCCAGCUGCCCUACCGCGGCCUGGUCGACUGCGCCCGGAAGGUUGCGAAGGAGGAAGGAUUGUUGAGGUUCUACCGCGGAUUUGGCACAUACUAUGUGCGGAUCGCACCCCAUGCGUUAGUUGCCCCCACUCUCCGCGCCAUUGCUUAUCGCUGA